UCACUGCACAGGAAAAUAUGGCAUUUGUGAAGAUGCGAGCUCGAGCGUCGGCACAAACUGGCCUCCAGAACGCCGAUGUGGAGAAGCGACCGCUGAAUAGCCACGAGGAACACGAUUCAAGAAUUGUCGUCAACGCUGCAAGACAUCCCCUCGAUACAACCAGAACGCGCAAGAUCACGCUGCAGCUCGCUGAAUCGCGACCGACAUCCUCCUGCAGCCAAGCGAUACACUGCGAGAUUGACACAGCUGCAAGAAGCAGGGCCAAGGGUCGAAAAAAUUCCAUUUCCAUGCAACACUUGACAAGCUACCACGGGAUCUGAGAAUGGCUCAAAACAGCAACCGCAGCAAUCCCACCGCGGCAGUGACUGCACAACCGCCGGCCAGCAACAACGGCGAGGCAGCUGCAGAAGCCCAAAAUCAGCAAACCCAUCAAGAUGCAGCAGACAGCUUCGUCGACAACAUCACGGCCGCCAUGCCACCCAGCAUGGAAGAGAAACGGACCAAAACGGCCGACGAGCUGCUGGCCGAAAUGAAUCGCGUCCCGCUCUUCAUGACCACGCUAGAUGAGACGGACGGCGAAGGUGGCGAAAAUGUCAUGCUCGAGGCGAUCAAAGCCCUCGCAUACGAAGGUACCAAAGCCGAAGUAGCUACCAACUUCAGGGAGCAAGGUAACGAAACUGCUCGCGCGAAGAAUUGGAAAGAUGCGCGUGAAUUCUACUCGAAAGCUAUUGCUUCAGUGCAGGGCAAGGUCAAGUUGGUAGAAGCUCCUGAGAAGGACGAUGAUCCUGCUAUUCCCUCCACGUCGUCGGCGUCAACGCCGAGGAUUAUAGACGUGACUGAACUUGACGAUGCCGCGAAGAAAGGUACAGAAGAGCUCGAUGAAGAAGCUGAGAAGGCCAAAGAGCGUGAGAUUGAAGAAGCUUGUCUCGCCAAUCGCGCACUCUGUAAUCUCGAGUUGAAAAACUACGGCCAAUGCAUCAAAGACUGCGCCUCCGCCCUCCGCCUCAACCCAAAAAACAUCAAAGCCCUCUACCGCGCAGCCUCAGCCUGUCUAGCCUUGGACAAACUCCCCGAAGCCCUCGACGCAACCACCAAAGGCCUCAAUCUCGACCCCUCCAACACUCCCCUCAUAACCCUCAACAAAAAAAUCACAACUCGUCAAGAAUACCUCUCUCGCCUCGAAACCGAACGUCUCGCACGAGAAGAAAAACAACGAAAAGAAUCCCUCACCCUCUCCACAGCACUCAAAGCACGGAACAUCGUUCUCCGAGACAAGGCGGGAGAAGGGAGUAAUGCACCACCCGAAAUGGAAGACGCCGCAAUCCACCUCUCCUCCCCUCUCAACCCUUCCUCAACCCUCACAUUCCCAGUCCUAUUCCUCUACCCUCUCGCCGCACAAACAGAUUUCGUGAAAGCGUUCCAAGAAACCGAAACACUACUGCAACAUCUCGAGUAUCUUUUACCUGUACCUUGGGAGGAAGAAACAAAUAAAUCUUCAACUUCAACUACUGCAGAGAAGGAGUAUGGAACUCCAGAAGCAGUAGAAUGCUACAUGGAAACCUCCUCCGGCGGACUAAUCAAAGCUGGUAAAAAACUGGUUUUGGGGAAAUUGCUAGGAUCAGGAAAAAUUGUGAUCGUGGAUGGGUUGGUGAGAGUUUUUGUUGUGCCGAAGAAGAGAGCGGGGGAGUGGAUUGAGAAGUUCAAGGAGAGGAGGGGGAGGUCGUGAGGCAGUCAGUGCUGGAGGAGGAAAAAUUGCGAGAGUUCGCUUUGCAGAACUGGCAUUUGUCUUCACACAAAGGCGCUGCCAGCGAUGAAAUGCUCAACAGCGAUGCAAGCAUUCCCAAGGCGAACGCUUAUCUCAUCGUCUUCAGUGACUACUGGCUAAAGUACGAUGGUACGAACUUACGAGGCUCAUCUUCAUCAUCACCCCGCACAAACUUUAGGAGGCGGGAGUGAAGGGAUCAUAGAGCUACUCGAUGACAAGGGAAUCCCAAUCUUUGACGCGAUGCUUCGAUCGUGU